CAAUUCAGCCAUAAGGGUGUCCUAGUCGUUCACCAGCGCAUCCACACUGGGGAGCGCCCCUUUGUCUGUGCCCACUGUCCCAAGGCCUUCAAGGACAAGAACGGCCUCACCAACCACCAACGCACCCACACUGGGGAGCGCCCCUUCGUCUGUGCUCACUGCCCGAAGGCCUUCCGGGACAAGAUCGGCAUCACCAUCCACAAGCGCAUUGCUGAGAAGCAUCACCUGCUGAGCCACCGCCGUGUGCACACUGGUGAGAAGCCCUUCACCUGCAGCAAUUGCAGCCGCCAAUUCAGCCAUAAGGGUGACUUGGUCAUUCACCAGCGCAUCCACACUGGGGAGCGCCCCUUUGUCUGUGCCCACUGUCCCAAGGCCUUCAAGGACAAGAACGGCCUCACCAACCACCAACGCACCCACACUGGGGAGCGCCCCUUUGUCUGUGCCCACUGCCCUCAGGCCUUCAGGGACAGGAAGACCCUCACUAUCCAGCAGCGCAUCCACACUGGUGAGUGUCCCUUCACUUGUGCCUUCUGCCCCAAGGCCUUCAGGGACAGGAAAACCCUCACCAUCCACCAGCGGGUCCACACUGGCGAGAAGCCCUUCUCCUGCACCGAGUGCGGCAAGAGCUUCAAGAGCCAGACAGCGCUGGGCACCCACAAGUUGCACCACAUGGGCGAGCAACCCUUCAGCUGUGCCGACUGUGGCAAGUGCUUUGACCGCAGGCACAAGAUGCUGAGCCACUGGCGUGUGCACACUGGUGAGAAGCCCUUUGCCUGCACCCACUGCCCCAAGACCUUCAGGGAUGAGCAGACCCUCAGCACCCACCAGCGCAUCCACACUGGCAAGGAGCCUUGCAAGUGA